AUGCCACCCCCUUCCGAUCCCCCAACGCCAACAUCAACACCACGCUUCCCACCCUUAAAAAUCCUCCUAAUCUACCCAAACAUCCUCCUAACGGGCUCCCUCUUCUCCAUCCUCUCGCCCGUCGCACAACCCCCGCUCUCCGACGACCCCGCCGUAACCUCCGCCCCGCUAAACUACUUCGCCCGUAAAGACAACAUCUUCAACAUCUUCUUCGUCAAAAUCGGCUGGAUCUGGUUCACGCUCGCAUUCGGCGCUCUCCUCCUCUCAUACACCCCCUCGCCCGACCGCGCGCGCCGCCAAGUGCAGGCUCUUUCGCGGUACGCCCUCGCAACGCUCGCCUGGUACCUCGUGACGCAGUGGUUCUUCGGGCCGGCGAUCAUCGAUCGGAGUUUCGUCAUAACCGGUGGGAAAUGCGGGGAUGCGGUUGCGGAACUGCGCGCUGCUGAGGUUGAGAAGGGCGUUGUUGGCGCGCGCGUCGACGACUUCGGGACUUAUUUGACGGCGACUGCUUGUAAGGCUGCGGGGGGUCAGUGGAGUGGUGGGCAUGAUGUUAGCGGGCAUGUGUUUAUGCUUGUGCUUGUUACGGCUGUGUUGGGGUUUGAGGCUGUUGGGGUUAUGAUGCAGGGGGAGGGUGAAAGUGCGACGACUGCGACUGCCUCGGAGACGGAUGCGGAUGAGAAGGCGAAGACUUGGGUGGAGGUAGAAUCCGGUAAUGAGGUUCGGACGUGGGCACUGCGCUUUGUUGCUGGGAUUAUUGGGCUGGGUUGGUGGAUGCUGCUUAUGACGGCUAUCUGGUUUCAUACGUGGUUGGAGAAGGCGAACGGUCUGCUUAUCUCGCUCGGCGCGAUAUACCUUAUUUACUUCCUCCCGCGACGCAUGUCGCAAUGGAGGAACAUUGUCGGCAUUCCUGGCGUAUAA